UUGGGUCUCCCUGCCAAGUGUGUCCCUGUCGGCGUUCCGUAGUUGGGCGGAUGUUGUGAGGAGCCGCUGCCGGCAGGGCUGGGCAGGCGGGCGAGGGAGUGCGCGAGCGAGGGAGCCUGGCGCGCGGUGGCGUUUAAUGUUAGUGGCCAUUCACACGGACCUGAAUUAUGACAUCAAGAGGUUCUGGCACAACAUUUUCUCGGAAGAAUUACAGGUUAAGCACAGAGCCAGAAAAGUCCAUGAUCGCAGGAAUAGUGAACAGCAAGCUCUUAAAUGAUUACCUGCAUCGCAUCUUCCCCAGUGCUGAGGGAAUUCAACCUACUGCUGCCUACAGAAAGCACCUGUCCUUCCAAAAUCUACAAGAACACAUAGAACAUUUGCUGACAGAAAAUGGCGGGUCUGAAGAUGGUCAAGAUCAGGUAGUAGAGGGCAGACUUGGCCCUUCUAUUGUGGUCUUGGAUCACACCAGUGGCUUUGAGGGGCUCUUGCUGGUGGAUGAUGACCUGCUUGGGGUAAUUGGCCAUAGUAACUUUGGCUCUAUCAGAGCUACUACUUGUGUAUAUAAAGGAAAAUGGAUCUACGAAGUUUUGAUUUCUUCCCAAGGCCUCAUGCAGAUUGGCUGGUGCACUCUCAACUGUCGAUUCAAUCAAGAGGAGGGAGUUGGAGACACUCCUGAUUCAUAUGCCUAUGAUGGAAAUCGAGUGCGGAAAUGGAAUGUGACCACCACCAACUAUGGUAAAUCUUGGGCAGCAGGGGACAUUGUCAGCUGUUUGAUAGACUUGGAUGAGGGAAGCAUUUCCUUCUGCCUAAACGGUGUAUCUCUAGGAACAGCUUUUGAUAACAUCUCGCGAGGCUCUGGGAUGGCCUACUUUCCUGCCAUCAGCCUGUCAUUCAAGGAAUCUGUUGCGUUUAACUUUGGGAGCCGUCCACUCCGAUAUCCUUUGACAGGAUACCGGCCCUUACAAGAUAAACCAGCCACAGACCUAGUAAAAGCCCACAAGCUGUUGGGAUACCUGAAAAAUGUUAUUAAUAUUGGAAUAGAUAUUUCGGAAGGGAAGCUGGUGGAGAGGGACUCUUCCACUUGGCAACUCCACGGAGAACCAACAGUACUCAUCACCCUGGCACACAUUUUUAACAAUUUUGCACCCCUUAUGUGCAAAGUGUACUUGGUUGAAGAUGUGCUUAUGAAUUUCCUACUCAGCAUCCUGGAAGGGGGAGGUGCUGUUGAAGCACACCCACUUAUUCAGCAGUUAUUGGAUCUCAUGUGGCUUCUUAUGGAGGAUUAUGAAGUGCACGAAUGCCUCAAGCAGCUGCUGAUGUCCCUACUCAGGGCCUACCGUUUCUCUCCCAUUGUUCCUGAUCUAGGCUUACAAAUUCACUACCUCCGUCUUACUAUUGCUAUCCUGAAGCACGAGAAAUCCAGGAAAUAUCUGCUCCAUAAUGUUCUAUUUGAUGUGUUGCGCUCAGUUGUGUUUUUUUACAUAAAGAGCCCUUUGCGUGUGGAGGAGGCUGGUUUACAAGAACUGAUUCCCACUACCUGGUGGCCAAAUCGCUUCAACAAAGAGGGCAAAGAGACAAAAGAAGUAAAGGAAGAGAGUGCUGAGGAAAGACUGAGGAGGAGAGCAUAUGAGAGAGGCUGCCAGCGACUCAAGAAACGCAUUGAAGUGGUGGAGGAACUCCAAGUGCAAAUACUGAAGUUACUGUUAAACAAUAAAGAUCACGGAGGGGGAGGAGCAUCAAGAUACAUAUUUUUAAAUAAAUUCCGCAAGUUUCUUCAGGAAAAUGCUAGUAACCGAGGGAACCUGACUGUUCUUUGCCCUCCGGAAUAUAUGGUAUGUUUCUUGCAUCGACUCAUCUCAGCCCUGAGACUUUACUGGGAUGAAUACAAGCUGAAGAAUCCUUCCGCACUGAGCAGUGAAGAUGCAUAUGUCCCUCCUCAACUCUUCUAUAAUGGGAAAGUUGAUUAUUUUGACCUUCAGCGACUUGGGGGACUCUUAUCUCAUCUUAAGAAGACUCUCAAAGAUGACUUGGCCUCAAAGGCAAGUAUUCUUAUUGACCCUGCAGAAAUUCAGGCUGUAACAAUGGAUGAUCUUGAUGAAGAUGAAGAGUCAGCGCUGUCAACCGCACAAGUGAGCCUAGCAAUGCUGCAUGAAAUGGGUCAAAGUUUAACUCAACGUCCAGCUGCUGCAUUGGCAAUUGGAGGGGCCUUAGCUCGGCCGAGCUGGCUCAGUUCUCCCACUUUGGGGCGAGCAAACCGUUUCCUCAGUACUGCAGCUGUCAGUCUUAUGACCCCGAGGAGGUCGCCAGGUGCCCUUGAGAAGGUCAAAGUCCGUACACUGAAUAUGGAGCAACGGACAGAGGAAGACAUUGAAGGCAGCCAUGGAAAUGAGGGCCUUUUAUUGGGGAAACCUUCAGAAGAGCCAGAGCAACAAAUCACUGAGAACUCUCUUUUGGAAAUCUUGGAUGGGAUAGUCAUGAUGUACAACCUCAGCGUGCAUCAGCAGCUUGGUAAGAUGGUAGGUGUUUCUGAUGAUGUAAAUGAGUAUGCUAUGGCAUUGAAAGAUACUGAAGAAAAGAUAAGCAGAUGCCCAAAGAGGAGAAUAGAUAUCUGUGAAGAACUGCUGAAAAGCCAGAAGGUUUUCUCUGAGAAGCUUAAUCACUUGAGUCGCCGGCUGGCUUGGAUCAAUGUUACUAUUUAUUCAAAGGAAAAGAUGCAGGACAUAUACUGGCUGCUACGGGUGUGCAUCCGCACUAUUGAGCAUGGAGACAGAGUUGGCUCACUCUUUGCAUUUAUGCCUGAAUUUUAUUUAAGUGUGGCUAUGAAUACAUACAGUGCUCUCAAGAACUAUUUCAGUCCAGUCAACAGCAUGGAGGAGCUUCCAGGCUAUGAAGAGACUUUGACACACCUUGCUGCCAUUUUAGCCAAACACUUUGCUGACUCCAGGAUUGUGGGAACUGACAUCAGAGACUCCCUAAUGCAGGCAUUGGCCAGCUAUGUUUGCUACCCGCACUCACUUCGUGCUGUAGAGAGGAUUCCAGAAGAUCAACGUAUAUCCAUGAUGAGAAACCUCCUGGCCCCCUAUGAGCAAAGACCCUGGGCCCAGACGAACUGGAUCCUUGUACGACUGUGGCGAGGUUGUGGAUUUGGAUACAGGUACACACGGCUUCCUCAUCUGCUGAAAACCAAGCCAGAGGAUGCAAACCUCCCCAGCUUGCAGAAACCUUGUCCAUCCACACUGCUACAGCGACACAUGGCGGACUUGCUGCGAAGCGACCGUGAAAUGGCACCCAGUUUCCUUAAUAGUGUCCUUAACCAACUGAACUGGGCCUUCUCAGAAUUCAUUGGCAUGAUUCAGGAGAUCCAACAAGCUGCUGAGCGCCUGGAAAGAAACUUUGUAGACAGUCGCCAACUGAAAGUGUGUGCAACAUGCUUUGAUCUCUCAGUGAGUCUGCUCAGGGUCUUGGAAAUGACUGUCACUCUGGCUCCUGAAAUCUUCCUUGACUGGAGUCGCCCCUCAUCAGAGCUGUUACUCAGGAGACUUGCACAGCUAUUAAAUCAGGUGCUAAAUCGUGUGACAGCUGAGCGGAACUUGUUUGACAGAGUGGUCAAUCUUCGCCUGCCAGGACUGGAGAGCGUAGACCACUAUCCAAUCCUCGUGGCUGUGACAGGAAUUCUGGUCCGGCUUCUUGUUGAUACAAACUUCCAAGGGGCUGAGCGGGCAACAGCUGUGCUACUGGCAGAUCCUUGUUUCCAACUCCGUUCUAUUCAGUACUUGUUGGGUCACACAGAGCCUGUAGCACUGGGAGUAGCAUCUUCUUCUACUGAUAAGAAACAUUUCUCCUUGCAAAGUUACACUGAUUACAUCAGCCAGGAAGAGCUAGCCAAGGUAGAACAAAUGCUUGGCCACCUCAGUGAAGAGUCCAAGCAGGCUGCAGCCUCCACCUUGCCUACUAGUGAAGAGGAUUUGUGCCCUAUCUGCUACGCACACCCAAUAUCUGCCGUAUUCAAGCCAUGCUCCCACAAAUCAUGCAAAGCCUGCAUCAACCAGCACCUGAUGAACAACAAGGACUGCUUCUUCUGCAAGGCCACCAUCACGGGUGUGGAUGAUUACAUUAAGCCGGCCACCUCCUAGUGCCUGGACCCUGCAGGGCAGGGCCGCAUGCCUGGGCCGCUCCUCCGCAGGGUGGGCUCUACCUCCCUCCCUCCCUCCUCUGAGGACACCUCUGUCAAAGGUGGCUGCUGUUCAGCACAGCUGAGCUCCCUUUUAUUUAUAACACCUCUUGCAGGCCAAGUACUGCUGUAUGCGCCAUUUAGGUCACAUUGUCCCCUUCAGUCCCCUGAAUUUAGGUACAUUUCCUAUCACUUUCAUUGACUCCAAACAGGCAUUGGGCUUUCCGCAUGGGGUAUGUACAAGGGGCAGAACAUACUCAGGUUCUCUACCUCAGCCUGAAUCUGUAGCUCCUUUCCUACAUCUAUCCUGGAAACCCUGCCUUGUACUGUAGCUGGAAACUUGGGUGGCACUGUGGUGCUCCCCUUGAUGGGAGGCCAACUGCUCACCAGCCACGUGUGUUCUUGCCACUGCUGCAGCACUUCGCUAUUUGGCCUUGUGUAUGUGUCUCAGAGUUGGUUCAAAUAUUUAUGCAGACAUACUAUGCAGUAGCUCAUCUGCCUGUACCACCCUAUACAUUGGUUUUGGAGACUGAUGGAGAUUGGAAGUAAUUCUCCAUGUGGAAUCAAGAGGUGGUACAGGUGAGGGAUAGACUGUACCCAUCUGUCUGCCUAAAAUUUUGAAUCUGCUCUUCAGGAAUCUGGUUCCCUUUCUUUGAAGGUGAAGAAAGCCUGGAGAAGCAUAGUGAAAGCUUUUGAAGGCUUUUGUUGUAGGGAGCUUGGUGAUAUGACAAAAGGCACCCUAUGCUGCGACUAACAUAAGUGCAGAGAUCUGAACUAACAUCCAGGCUUCUCCAAGAAAGAAAGAUCGGAUGUCAUAGUGACCAGGAUUUGAUCCCUGCAUUGUAUAGUGGUUGGGAGAAGCAUCAAUUAGACUGAUUAUUCUGGGUUACGAUGGGAGUACAUCUGUCUGCACUGUUAUCUUCCACCAGCCGAAGGUGCCUAUGGCACCAGCCCUUCACUGUGUGACCAGGCUGCCUCUACUAUCCAGGAGGAGAUAAGAUUUUUUUUAAAAAAAACAACAACAACAACAACAAAAACAUUUACUAACUGUGUGUGAGACUUGUAACCUGAAGUGUUGGGGAGGGUAGCAAGCAUUAUGCUUGGAGCAAGGAAUUUAACUUAUGUGCAUCUAUGAAUGUCGCCCUCCUCAAAGCCCCUCCAAACUGGAGAGGGUGUUACUUCCAUAAAAUGGAAUAUUAAAUUAUUAUUCCUUAAA